AUGGCGGGGGACAAACCGUGGCCACAGGUGCCUAUUGGGAACAAGGACCACACCCAGGCAUUCGUGGUUAUCAUAGGUGCUGGUAUAUCAGGUCUAUGCACCGCCAUCGACCUGAUCACGAAGAACAAGUGCAAGAACUUCAUCAUUCUUGAAAAAAGCGGUGGCCUGGGGGGCACUUGGCGGGAUAAUAAAUACCCAGGGUGCUGCUGUGACGUGUGGUCGCACCUGUACAGCUACUCGUUCGAGCAGAACCCGGACUGGACGCGAGAGUACCCCGGCCAAGAGGAGAUUCUGGAAUACCUCGUGGGCGUGGCCCAGAAAUACGAGCUGUACCGCUACGUGCGAUUCAACACAGCGGUCGAGUCGGCCGUGUGGGACGAUGCGGCCAAGAAGUGGAAGACGAAGGUGCAAGUGCAGGGCAACAAGGACGCCGAGUUCUGCCCGUCGUACACCAUCACGUCGGACUUCCUCGUCUCCGCUGUCGGCCAGCUCAACGUGCCGCAGAUGCCGUCCAUCCCAGGCCUGGACGAAUUCAAGGGCAAGCUCAUGCAUAGCGCCCGGUGGGAUUGGUCAUACGACCUGCAGGGCAAGGCCGUCGCCAUCAUCGGCAACGGAGCGACCGCAGCGCAGAUCAUUCCAGAGAUCGCCCCUGUGGUCGGCAGCCUGACCGUGUACCAGCGCACGCCCAACUGGAUUGUGCCGCGCGGCGAUAUGCCGAUCCCAGCGUGGAAGCGCAGCCUGUACCGGUGGGUGCCGUACGUGCGCCAGCGCAAGCGCGCCGACUUUAUGGACUUUCGCGAAUGGACGUACGGCUUCGUCCAGGGCGGCUCGACCGCCACAUCCGCAAUGUUCAGGGACAUGAGCGACCAGCUGAUGAAGACGCAGCUGCCGAAUCGAGAGGACCUGUGGAAGAAGUUGCGGCCAGAGUACGACAUCGGCUGCAAACGCAUCAUUAUCUCGGACGACUAUUUCCCCGUCUUCAACAGGGACAACGUGAGGCUCGAGACGCGGCACAUCGACAGGAUCACCGAAGAUGGUAUCGUCGCCGGCGGCGAGGAGCAGAAGUAUGACCUCAUCAUUUGCGCCACUGGCUUCAAGACCGUCGAGUUCAUGUACCCGAUCGACGUCCGGGGCACCGGCGGCCGCGCCAUCGGCGACAUCUGGAAGGAGGGAGGUGAAGCUUUGUACGGCGUCACCGUCGAGUCACUUCCCAACUUCGGCAUGUUGUAUGGUCCGAACACAAAUCUCGGCCACAACAGCAUCAUCCUCAUGAUCGAGGCCCAGAGCCGCUACAUUAACGCGUUGAUUGCGAAAGUCUUGGAGGCACGACUGAGCGGAGGCCAACUCGUUAUCCAGCCGAAUCACCAGAGGAUGGUGGAGUACAACAAUAAGCUGCAAGAAGAGCUCGCCAACACGAGUUUCGCCGACCCGCGAUGUGGCAGUUGGUACAAGCGCAAAGAUAAUGGCAAAAUCACACAAAACUGGAGUUCUACAGUUAUUCACUAUCAAACAAUACUAAGCAAGGUCGACUGGUCCGACUAUGACGUCUCAGGUACAGGAGCGGAGAAGUUAAAGGCAGACGGAGCUGUGACCAAAUUGGGACGGGUUGUUGAAGAAUCUUUGAUAAGCUACAAAGCCAUGGGUCUGACCUUGGCCAGUCUUGCAGCAGUUGGCACGGCAUUCGCUUUCCGCGGGAUGAGGUUGCGAUAA